GAUAAGCCUGCCUGGGAUGUCUGCAGCAUGUUAUUUCUUCUAGCCACCACAGCAGAACCCCGCUCCUCACCAGAGCAAGUCUUGCCCUCCCCCUUUGCCUGGGGAAUAUAGGAGCACAAGACUUGAGGUCCCCCCCCCUCUGCCUUUCAUUGUGGUUGGUAUUUGUUUCCAACUUUACCAAAAACACUCUGAAGGAGUUUCUUGAAGAAGGCGCCUAAUGCUGUAUUGGAUGAGGAAGCCAGGGUGAGUAUGUGUGCCAUGGAGUAGGUUCCAGGUUCUCUGAAGAUACACUGGGGCUUCCUAGGGCGUGGGCCUUUCCUCCAUAGGAGGUUAUAUAGCUCAACCAAAUCUGGAAAACCAACUUGGGCAGCCCAGGGAAGGCUCAUGGGCAGAUGUGGACCCAACACUGGAGAAUCCCAGACCUUCCUGGAAUCUACACACAUCCUUGGCUCUGAAGCCUGAGUCUCAGCUCCUAAGUAUCUCCCUCCAUGCUGUGGUCCUGGAGGGGAUGCCCGCUUCAUUUUAAGCUGGGAGUGGGUGUUUGGGGUAUGGUUGGAGAGGGGAGGGCUGUCCACAAAGACAGUGAGUCACAUCUGGGCACCUCAAUGCUACAUAAUGGCAAUGUUCAGUAUUGCAAUCUAGGUACCUAGCUAGGCUUCUAUCCCGGGAAUUGCUGGCACAGGCCAGUUCUAAGGUAGGUCAGAACCCCCCCUUACUACCCACCACUGAGAUAGGCCACACCUCACUUGGCUCCCAGAGCAGUCCAGGCUCUUUAGUGCCCCAAGACUUCCCAUACCAGGCUCUACGACCUCUCAGUCAAGGCUGCACUCGGGCACUGCCACAUACAUGUGCACACGUUUCCUAUACUUCCAGGCCUUUGUCACAUCUUCAACCCCUACAUUCUUCCCACCAGUACAGGCUGUUCACAGCCCCUUGCUUUGAAAAGUGUCCUGGCAUCCCCCAUAGCUGCCCACUUUCUGCUCUGGUCUCUAUUUGUAUAGGCUGACCUUGGCUACCAUCACCCUAGUUGAGGCUGCCUUCCUACAGCCUGAACAGUUCCCGUCAAUCCAAGUCUCAGGUUAGCCCCAGACUUGUUAUUUAGAGGGAAAACAGACCCAGAGAGCCUCAGUAGGUCUCACCAGCUCACAGCAGGCCAGUUUGACCCCAUUGUGCCUGGCCUCUAAGGGACACUUGCUAAAGCUGACCUGCCCCCUUUCCCUUCAGGUGCUUCUGGGGGCCUAGUCCUCAGCCUUCUGCCUUCUCAUCCCGUGACAACUGAGGGUCCUAGCAGGCCAUGCAGCUGUGCCAAGGUGCCUCCAGCAUGGCAGCAGCCGAAGUGCCCGGCUACCUUGUGUCUCCUCAGACAGAGAAGCAUCGGCGGGCCCGCAACUGGACAGAUGCGGAGAUGCGUGGCCUCAUGCUGGUCUGGGAGGAGUUCUUCGAUGAGCUCAAGCAGACCAAGCGCAAUGCCAAGGUGUACGAGAAGAUGGCCAGCAAGCUCUUCGAGAUGACUGGGGAGCGCCGGCUAGGCGAGGAGAUCAAGAUCAAAAUCACCAACAUGACCUUUCAGUACAGGAAAUUAAAAUGCAUGACAGAUAGCGAGUCCGUCCCGCCGGACUGGCCCUAUUACCUAGCCAUUGAUAGGAUUCUGGCCAAGGUCCCCGAGUCCUGUGAGGGCAAACUGCCGGAUGGCCAGCAGCCGGGGCCCUCCACGUCCCAGACCGAGGCGUCCAUGUCACCGUCCGCUAAGUCUACCCCUCUGUACUUACCGUAUACCCAGUGCUCCUAUGAAGGCCGCUUCGAGGACGAUCGCUCCGACAGCUCCUCCAGCUUACUGUCCCUUAAGUUCAGGUCAGAGGAACGUCCUGUGAAGAAACGCAAGGUACGGAGCUGUCACCUACAGAAAAAGAAGCUGCGGCUGCUGGAGGCCAUGCUGGAAGAACAGCGCCGGCUGAGCCGCGCCAUGGAGGAGACAUGCCGAGAGGUGCGCCGUGUGCUGGACCAGCAGAACAUCCUGCAGGUUCAGAGUCUGCAGCUUCAGGAGCGCAUGAUGAGCCUGCUGGAGAAGAUCAUCGCCAAGUCCAACGUCUAGGUCAUGGCCAGGAUGCCAGGUGCCACAUAGUCCCAUCUGGAGGCUCAGGGCCCCGCCCACCCAGGCUCAGGGCCCCGCCCACCCAGGCAGGGUUCCAGAAAGGGGACAGGUUUCAACCUGGCCCCUGUGCUUCUCUGAAGGGCUUUCCAGGACUCCAGUGGCCUUGGGAGACCUUGGAACCCCCAUGUCCAGCAUUAAUGCCAGGGACUCUAGGGCGACUCCUAGUGAGAAGAUCCCAGCAUCUACUCUCCAGUAAAGUCACUACCAUGAUACUUGAAACGGCUUUUGAUAUUAAACAUACUUUCCAUUGUUGCCUG